GAGGCUACUUAAAGUUGCACAGAGAAGAGCAGCCAAGGCAAUGGGUUGAGUGACAGGUCCGCUACUUCUGUGUCAAGGCGAAUGUCACCACCCUGAUAACUCAACCGUGAUCGCAGUGCAUAGAUUUUCAACACUUCGUGUGCAUAAAGCAGUGAAGGUGCCAACAUGCAGAGUAUAAAGUGUGUGGUGGUCGGAGACGGAGCUGUCGGAAAAACUUGUCUCCUCAUUUCCUACACAACCAACGCCUUCCCCAGCGAGUACAUCCCUACCGUGUUUGACAACUACAGCUCCCAGGUGACCGUGGACAGUAGGACUAUUAGUCUGAACUUGUGGGACACUGCCGGCCAGGAGGAGUAUGACCGCCUCCGCACCCUUUCCUACCCACAGACGAACGUCUUCGUCAUCUGCUUCUCUAUCGCAAGCCCGCCUUCCUAUGAGAAUGUCAAGCACAAAUGGCACCCCGAGGUGACGCACCACUGCCCCAACACCCCCAUCCUGCUGGUGGGCACCAAGAAGGAUCUGCGGAAUGACCCUGAGAUCCAGAAGAAGCUGAAGGAUCAGAACCAGACUACUGUCACCCUACAACAGGGCCAGGCGCUGGCCCGACAAAUCCAGGCCAUCAAGUACCUGGAGUGCUCGGCUCUUAACCAAGAUGGCAUAAAGGAGGUGUUUGCAGAGGCUGUGCGUGCUUUCCUCAAUCCACAGCCAACUACUGCCAAGAAACCAUGUGUGCUGUUGUAGAUGAAUCCAAGAGCAUGCCUGUCACUGUAAAAAAACUUGUUUGAUAUUACUUAAUAAUCUGCUGUACUCAACAAAUUGUGUCUCUCAGAAUUCAAAUUGGUGCAAUUUUGCAAAAAAAAUAUAGGCCUAUCAAAGAACUGGAUUAUUAAUCAUACUAAGCAGUUUCAGUAUGGAGUUUAUUAUAUUGUAUGUGUUUUAUUGAUGUAUUAAUUUAAUGAUCCACUCAGCUGUGAAACCUAUCUAACUUACUGAGAUAUUUGUGCUUUUUUAUGCAUAGUGGUGGCUAGUGAUUUUGACAAAGGAAUUGUCAGUCCAAUAACUUCUUCCUGGAAAUGUCUGGAAAUGUUUCGUUUUAAACCGUUUAUGUCUGAAAGAUUGCUAUGUCAGUCCUCUUUGUUUGGAGUGUUGCAGUUCUUUCAUAGUUGACACCAAUUGUACAUCAUUACUCUUAACCUGGGUUGUUGUUAUCUAUGUCUGAAUACAUACCUUCUCCAUUCAACUGUC